AGUACACUUGUCAGACUGUCAGAUGUCGGACAAAACAAUCCAGCGUUAGAAUCUCCGCCGUACCCUUCGGAAUUAGAAUCAGAUUAUCCUCUUGUCCGUUUUCCUUCCUUUUCUUUCUGAGUUUCUGAAGCCAAAACGGUCAGAGCAGCAUCGGUUACACCUUUUCACAUAAACACAGAGACCAAGUUGGUUGCCGGAACAAACAGAGCUUUUGGAGAUGAGUGUGAUCGAUUUGAUCACGAGGGUCGAUACGAUAUGCAAGAAAUACGACAAGUACGACAUCGAUAAGCAAAAGGAACUCAACAAUAUCUCCGGCGACGAUGCAUUUGCCCGUCUCUACAGCGUCGUUGAGGCCGACCUUGAAGCUGCUCUUCAGAAAUCGGAGACUGCAGCCACUGAGAGGAGCAGGGCUUCGGCUGUUGCUAUGAAUGCGGAAAUUCGAAGAACCAAGGCUCGUUUGCUUGAGGAGCUGCCCAAAUUGAGAAGACUUGCUCCUAAAAAGGUGAAAGGGCUUUCGAGAGAAGAUAUUGAAGCUCGGAACGAUUUGGUUUCUGUACUGCAAGAGAGGAUAGAAGCAAUACCUGAUGGGUCAACAAGUGGAGCUAAACAAACCGGUGCUUGGACAGAUCCAACACCGUCAUAUAAGGGAAUAAGAAUUGAUUCAACUUCAGAUGGGAGAUUUGAUAGUGAGUACUUCCAACAAACUGAGGAGUCGGAUCGCUUUAGAAAUGAGUAUGAAAUGCGAAGAAUGAAGCAGGAUCAAGGUUUAGAUGUCAUAGCAGAAGGAUUGGACACAUUGAAACAUAUGGCCAGUGACAUGAAUGAGGAAAUAGAUAGGCAAGUGCCAUUGAUGGAUGAAAUAGAUGAUAAGGUUGAGAGAGCAAAUGCCGACCUUAAGAAUACUAAUGUGAAACUCAAGGAUACCAUAGUCCAGCUGAGGUCCAGCCGGAACUUCUGCAUCGACAUCAUCCUUCUGUGUCUAAUUUUAGGAAUCGCGGCUUAUCUGUACAAUGUUCUGAAGUGACUUUGGUGAUCCAUUUACUAUUUCCCCAAGUCAUCUACUAUCCUCUACCUGCAGUUAGUACUAUUUCGUUAAUGGUGGAUGGCGGUAUACGAUGCAUAAUUACUUUCUGGUUUGAGGGAUUGCACAGCCGAAAUUGCCCAAACCAUUAUCAAUCUGGGCAUUAAAACAUAAAUAUUGUUCAUGCAAGUUUCUGAAUUGGUAUAAUGCAUAAAAUAGCCAUGGUUUGCAGCACACGAGCACAGAAGAUUGUAUUGUAUUCUUAAUUAAGCUCUAAAUUGGGUGUAGUCACAUUAUAUAAUUGACAUUUAACUUUGCUUAUUUAUUUACCGAACAAGUUUGUCAAGUCAUGCUAUUCUG